CAGAGCCUUUAGCAGUGAAUGUGUAACGCUGAGAUCCUAUGCUAGCUCGGAAGGCAUUAAGCGAAUAAUAGUAUUGAUAAUACUUCUACCUACCACAACACGUAUGGACGCGUUUUAAUCAGUCAAACACAUGACAAUUUUCAGGUCAUAUGUAAAUCUUCUUGGCGCGAUGUUAUUUGCGGCGAAAUGCAUAGUUCCCAUUUUUGGUCAGCAAUCAUGUUCUAUGGCUACUUUGAAAGAUAUCGCAGUAAGAUUAAAAUCUGUGAAGAACAUCCAAAAAAUUACGGCAUCAAUGAAAAUGGUAUCAGCUUCGAAGUUUGCUAGAGCUGAACGGGACCUGAAGUCAGCCAGACCUUAUGGUCAAGGAGCAAGAGCUUUUUACAAAACUGCAGAGCUGAUUGCAGAGCCGAUUGAACCCGCCGUAAACGACCUUAUUAUCGCCAUAACUUCCGAUAGAGGACUAUGCGGUGCGGCUAAUAGUAGCGUUGUGAAGGCGAUCAGGACAAAGAUACGUAAUAGUACGGAGUUAGAGAAAACUUGCAAGUUGGUUCUAGUUGGGGACAAAUCUCGUGCAAUGAUGCUACGACAGUAUCGUGAUAUGUUUUUGAUGACAGUUAACGAGGUUGGUAAGAAAGCGCCAACUUUUGAAGAUGCAUCAAUGAUAGCUCAAGCUAUAAUUUCAACCGAUUACAAAUUUAAUAAGGCAAUAAUGUUUUACAAUACAUUCAAGACAGUUGUUUCGUACAUACCCACCAUGCAGCCUCUCUUGAGCAUAGAAGGACUAAGCUCUUCUCAAAAUGUUUCUAUUUAUGAUUCAGUAGAUGAUGAAGUUCUGCAAAACUACAAUGAGUUCCUCUUAACAUCGCUAAUAUUCUCUGCACUGAAAGAAGCUACUGCUAGUGAACAGUCAGCCCGAAUGACUGCUAUGGAUUCUGCUACGAAGAAUGCAGGCGAAAUGAUUGAUAGGCUUACACUCAGCUUCAACCGGACGCGACAGGCAGCGAUCACGCGUGAACUUACUGAAAUUAUAUCUGGUGCAGCAGCAGUCUAACUUUGCCGAGUUAUAUCCUAUGUAUUCAUAGUUGUAUGAGUUAUAUUAGCACUAUAUAUUUUGCAAACUUUCUUUACCUAAUAAUAUUUUCGCUUAGUCAACAGAAGAUCUUUUUGGGAGCAUAGGCGUAACUCACAAAAGUUUUUCUUUUUGGCUAACUUAUCACAGGCCUAUCGCAAUUUUUCUUACGUUGUGCAUCACUGUAAUGGCAAAUUCGUCCAGUAGAUAGGUUGUGGUUUAUAACUGCAGGUGUUUGACUAUUAACCUAUUGGCUACGGAUCCUGCAUUCACCUCGUCUUUUGACGUUUUAGCGGCCAAGUAUGUUGUCGUCGACAUUCACAAAAUAAACGUGCCUUGUUGCCGAUUGCAUACAAAUGUGAACGUUUUUAGACCGAAGUAAUCACCUUUUUAGCCUUAUCUCAAAAUUGGCCUUUGUUAUGGAGCUGUGCUUAAAAUCCGAGU